CACACACACACACACACACACACAUGCAUAUACACGAACAUACAUGUUUUUGGCUUUUGGCUGGGCAGGUGCACAGACCCUCCAAGAAGACUGUAGAGUGCAUGCCCUCUUCCUGGGAAUGUACUGCCCACACCCCACAUGCUGGUUCUACCCAGAGGGCAGGGGCCCCCACUGCGUCCCCCCAAAACACCCGGACAGGCUGUGGCUGAGCUGGAGCCCCUUAGGAACCUCUGGCCCCACCCCCUCAUUUCACCCCGAGGAAGUUCAGAGCCGCAGAGGGGAAGUGGCUCUGCCCCAGCAGGCAGGUGGCCAGCCCUGGAGGAGAAGUGACAUCUCUCAGCUCCCUCAGCUGCACUGGACGGUCCACAGGGGGGAACAUGAGCCAGCACAACGCGAGCAAGAACUGCUCGUUCGGCGACGUGGACGAUCUGAUGAAGAACGUGCAGAUGGCCGUCCACAUCCCCACCUUCCUCCUGGGCCUGCUCCUCAACCUGCUGGCCAUCCGUGGCUUCAGCAGCUUCCUGAAGAAGAAGUGGCCCGGCUACGCGGCCACCUCCAUCUACAUGAUCAACCUGGCUGUCUUUGACCUGCUGCUCGUGCUGUCGCUCCCGUUCAAGAUGGUCCUGUCGCAGGUGCGGACCCCGUCGCCCGCCUUCUGCACGCUGGUCGAGUGUCUCUACUUCAUCAGCAUGUACGGCAGUGUCUUCACCAUCUGCUGCAUCAGCCUGGACAGGUUCCUGGCCAUCCAGUGCCCGAUGCUGGUCAGCCACCUCCGGUCCCCCACCAAGACCUUCGGGACCUGCUGCGUCAUCUGGGUGCUGGUGUGGACGGGGAGCGUCCCCAUCUACAGCUUCCACGGGAAGGUGGAGAAGUACAGGUGCUUCCACAACAUGUCCGACGGCACCUGGAGCGCCAGGGUCUUCUUCCCCCUGGAGGUGUUUGGCUUCCUCCUGCCCAUGGCCAUCAUGGGCUUCUGCUCCUGCAGAAGCAUCCGCAUCCUGCUCGGCCUUCGGGACUGCAACCACAGAGCCUGCAUCUGGACCAUCGCCACCAGCCUGGCCGUCUUCGUGGUCUCCUUCCUUCCCGUCCACCUGGCUUUCUUCCUGCAGUUCCUGGUGAGGAACGGCUUCAUUGUGGAGUGCAGGGCCAGGCGGGGCAUCAGCCUGUUCUUGCAGUUGUCCAUGUGUUUCUCCAACGUCAACUGCUGCCUGGAUGUUUUCUGCUACUACUUCGUCAUCAAAGAGUUCCGCGCGGACAUCGUGGCCCGCCGCCUGUCGCGGGUCCAGCUGGUCCGACAGGACACCAUGAUUACCAGGGGCUGAGGGAGGGAGAACGCCCCCUUCCCGUGUCCCCGAGAGACAUCCUGUUCCGGCUGGUGUCCCUCCCCUUCGAUGCCCACUGAACACCACCUUUGCUCUCUGCACCCAAAGACCCGGCCACACUGUCUGGGCGGCCGGAUGUACAUCGCCUGGCACGUGGGCUUUGCUGGGAACCUAAGGGCCGGGCGGAUUCUCCGAUUCUAGGUCCAGAAAAGUAGGAAGCAGAAGGCUUGAAAAGGAUGCAUCUGAAAAACGCUGUUUUCCCACUGUCCCAUCCCUCUGUUUGAUUAGAAUAUUCUGCAGAGACAGAGGAGUUUGGGAAGUCUGUCUCCUUCGGGCCUCAGAAAGGCUCGGGAGGAAGCUGACCCUUCCCAUGGUCCAAGGACACGGAAGGGCUGAUGUGGCUGUGUGGGCCGGGCCAUGGGGGAAGUGCUGGGCACGUGUAGGUCAGUGUGGACAGAGUGGAAAGGCGUUAGCGAUACCCUGGAGCCACCGGUGGCCAGGACGUCUCUGGGGGAGGGAAGGAGGCGGGGCUGGAAGUGGACAGCGCCUCUCCCUUUGCCACUGCGGUGUCUCACAGGGGGUGCUGGCGCUGUGCCCAUCCUGAACACACUCAGCUUCCUGACUUGGACAGAGUGGGAAAUUGCUCCUCAGACCUGGCACGAAGACGGAGAGAAAGAACCCAUCUUGACUAGGGGCACCCGUGGCAGAAUGAAGGAAGUGUCUGUCCCGCUCCCCUGGGUCCUGUCUGGGCAGCUGGCACUGGUGGCCUUGCCUGGGAAGCUGUCCUCUCUGGUGGCCGGCAGGGAGGAAACAAGUGAGCCUGAGACAGACAGCGAGGGGCUUCGGCAGUCCCGGGAGGGGCGCUGUUUGGAUCCAUCCAUCCACUCCGGCCCCGCUGAUGCUCUCGGUGGGGGCGGUCUUCCGGUGACCAACUGUCCGGAGUGAAGGGAUUCAGAGGGUAAAUUUCAGGGUGGUUUGCGCGAGUGGGACGAGAAGAAAUCAAUGAGACAAUAGGCACAGGGCUAAGGUUUCAGGAGGAAAAGCAACUGAGACUGACCUGGAGGAUGAGAGGCUCAGCUGAGGGCCAAGGGGGGGUGCCGGGGGGUAGCUGAGGGGGAGAGAGGGCAAUCUAGGUAAGACCUAGGACCUGCCUCUCGAGGGGCCAGGGAGGAGGAGGAGGGGAGAGGGACUGGCCGGCUGCCACGAGGGCAGUGGAGACGGACGGGGUGACCAGGAAGGGGAAAGGGAAGGCUAGUUCCUGUCCGAAACCCUCCCCCCAGACUGAGAGCCAUCGAAGGGCAGGGGCGUCCCAGCUGCCCCCUGUGGCAAUGCUCGGCGGCGCUCUAGGUGGCUGGCAGGAAAGGUAAGGGAGAAGGUGGCACAGAGGCGUAGAAGCGGGUAUGGAGGAGUCUCGCGUGCAGGACCAGAGCUCCAGGAACCGCAGCCACAGCCAGGGCUCUGCAGACCCGGGGGAGGCCCCGCCCCAGCCCGCUGCCCCCAGCCCGGACACCCCUCUCCCUGCCUGCGGGCUGCGCUAGCCCACGGCCAUCCUGGACAGGGACACCGGCUGGGUCACUCUGUGAAAGCCAGACUGCCGCGUAGAACAGGGCACCUUGUGGGCUCCACGGUGUAAUGGUGAGCACCGUGGACUCCGAAUCUAGAGCAGGCACCUGGGGCUGGUUUGGGUGAGAGCGGGUGGGUGGGGCUGGGGGGGACCCCUCCCAUCCGGUUUCUCUCCGCCUGGGGCAGAGCUGGGAGCCAUCCUCGCAGCACUGAGAAGUGUCGCUCGUGCACACUUGAGCUCUCUGCGUGCUUAGGGCCUGGUGGGCUCUGAGGAGCAAAGGCCCAGCGGCCCCGAGCGUCCACCCAUGUGACGUUCAGGCGGAAACCUUGUCUGUGCAGGGUGACUCUGUCCACGACAGUCAGGGGACCCCGAGAGCAGAAUCAUCACGGCAGAACUGCAAAGGUCAGUCCUUGGAGGGGUCCGGCAGCUUGAGCCGGAUGUGGUGACCAUGGACCCCCGGCCCAUCUCGGAGCAGUGUGGUCCCUUCUCCUCCUCCUCCCCAGGGAACUCCUGGCCCGAGGAGCUGCGGAAAGGACACAGGUCCAGAUUACAGGCGUGUGGCUGCGCUACAGCAAGGUCCAGACCCGGGGCCACAAGCAGCAGUCGGCUCGCAGUGCCGGAGGGGGCGGAGGGUCAGUCAGGGUCAGGGUUGGGGUCGGGGUCAGAGCAGAGGGCCCACCCUACAGCAAAUGCCAGCCAGUGAGGCGGGAAACUGGAACCUGGUCUUGGAAAAGGCUGAAAUCCCUGCUUGCUAAAGCCAUGAAGGAGCGAAGCUAUCGUGUGACUGUAAAUGUGACCUAAUUUAUACUCCCAGCCCGGAAAACCCCGGGAUGCGCCUGCAGUAUGUACAUCCCUGGAACCAGCACAAUCACUGGAAAAACAAUGCUGCUGAUCUGAUUGACUCAAUAAACAGAUUUG